AUGAGCAGUAUUACAACAGCACCUGAGUUUAUCAGAGUGAAGAGGAGAAGAGAUGAAGAUUCUGUGCAGGCUUUAUUGAUUGAUGAGGGGAAACGCGUAAAGAAACAAAGGUUUAUAUUUAAAUUAUCAAAGACCGUCAGCUCUGAAAGCUACCAGUCGGAGCAACAGUCUUCCACGCCACUAUUGAAGCUCGCCCACGAAGAUCAUAGACAUUUUGUACUGGAACAAAAGAGGAAACGCCGUAGGGAUUCGAAUGAUGAAAAAGGACAAGGAGAGCUUGCAACAGAUAACAUUACCAUAGCUGAUGACGGACUACCGCCUGAGAUAACACAGAUGGUAAAUGACUAUUUAAAGUUUAAUAAAGAUGUAGAGGAGACUAAAAGGAAAAAACCGAGCCGGAGAUAUUUCAGUGGGAACGCCGCAGAAAUAGCGUCACUUUCCAGUCUAGAUUAUGUUUUUGACAUCUACCAUUUAGAGAAAAUCCGUGAAGAAGAAGUUGCAAAGUACAAUAAUGAAAAAAAUAUAGGAUUCGUGAAAAUUAUUGAGCAGAUAGAUUUAGCUCUCGAUGAAGAAAGCGACCCUAAUGAGGCCCGAUCAGAUGAUGAGGAUUCCAAUGAUGAAAACUAUUAUCAAAAUGAUUAUCCAGAAGAUGAGGAUGAUGAUAGAUCUAUUCUUCUUGGUAGCGAGGGGGAAGCCGCAGCUAUAUCUGAAGAAGAAGUUGUUUUAGGUGUUAAUAAAAGCCGGUUCUCGUCAUGGAAUGAUGAUCAAAUUUUAGGUCCUAAUGGAUAUAAAGAUGUAGAAGAAGAAUACGGAGAUCUCUUCAAUAGACUUGGGGGGAACAGUGACCUUUUGAAAACCAUAAAUUCCUCAAAUUUUGUUGACUUGGAUGAUCCAGAAAAUGAAUUAGAAGCAAGUGACGAUGAUGAUGAUUUAAAUGAAGGAGAUGAUAUUGAAUACCCUAGAAAUGAAUUCUUCCCAACGGAUGUCGAUAAUCCAUUGGCACAGCACAGGGAUAGAAUUUUUCACCAGUUACAGAACAAAAUCGAAAGAAGAUGA